GGCGGCAGUAGAAGAGUGCGCACGAAGCAGAGAAGCAGCGCCACAUAGCCUCAGAAGCACAGUGUUAGACAGACAGAAAAGUGUAUCGCACGGCGCACAGCGCACAGCAUAAACUCGUAUCGAAUCCAAUCGUCUCUGAACGCCAGCAACGAGCUCCUGCUAGCAGGCCAAUAAAACACAAACUAAUUGAAAGCGUGUGAAGUAAUCGCAAAUUGAAUUUUUAAAAUAGUAAAAAAAGAACAAUCAGGCUUACUGGCGAAACUGAUUAGUAUAUAAAAUAAGUAAAAAAAAAAAAAUCCGAAAAAAACUGUUUGGUGUUUAAGAAGCGGCACGAAGCAGGAUAGCUGUAAAACGCAUCUAAAGUCGUCUUGUUUUCUAUGCAAUUGACAUGGUGAUUUGGUCCUGCUGCCUAUAGCGGUAAAGAGUUUGCAAAGCCGAAAACAGUGAAGCCUUUAAGGCAGCUCAAGCAAAAUUUUUUUUCUUUCGGUUGGUGCAUAUGCUACGUGAGGUGAAGUAAGCCACACAAGCCGGAGGACAACACGCAGUGAAAAAAAUUUACGGUUUUUUCCGUUUGUUUUCUUCCAUCUUUCCGCAUCUAUCUAGCUGCUGUCCUCUUCUCUGAUAGUUUUCACUGAACUUGACAGACUCACUAAAGCUAUCUCUAGCUCUUGACGCGUUUCGAAAAGACAACUGUGCUUCAACCACAAUAACAACAACAAAAGCAUUAACUAUACUAACUUCAACUAAAGCAAAAACUUUUACAACACAGCUGAGUUACUCGAACUUUGCUGUGUCUUUGAACUCAUCGACAGCACUUCUCAUCGUGUGAACGCAACGAGCAUCUUCCUUGAGAAUAUUGUUUCGAAAUAUCCACCAAUUAAACAGCAGCAACAACAACUACAAUAUUAGAGGCAACAACAAAGUAGUAGUACACCAUUGGAAGUAGUCAAAGAGUAGCAAUUUUUAGGUCAAUAAAUUGAGACAGUAACAACAACAGGCGUCUAUUAGGAACUACCAGAGGUAUUUACGUAAGAAGCAAAAGUUAAAAGGAAGCACAAUGGCAGCAUUCAUAGCGAAACAAAUGGUUGGCAACCAGCUAAGCGCCGUUAAAGAUGCUGCCGGCGGUGGUGAUGGCGGUGAUGAUGGUGACGAUAAGGAAAAGGCAGAGGAGGAGGAGAGAGAGCGUCAGGAGGCCAUACGUGAGGCCGAAGAACGGCGAAAGGAGAAGCAUCGUAAGAUGGAAGAGGAGCGCGAAAAGAUGAGACAAGAUAUUCGUGAUAAGUACAACAUAAAGAAAAAGGAGGAAGUUGUCGAAGCCGCGCCCCAAGAAGAACCCAAUCCGCUGAUGCGAAAGAAAAAGACGCCGGAAGAGUUGGCUGCCGAAGCGGAGCAGGAAGAGUUAGACGAUUUCACAAAACUGAAAAAUCAAAUAGAAACGCAAGUAAAUGAGCUAAAAACUCAAAUAGAGGGAAAAUGUGUCAUGCAGUGAUAUGUCAUCAUAUGAUUAUGAAUACCAAAUUAUACCUACAUAUAUAAACAAAACAAAUACAACAACAACAACAAAAUAACACAAAUAAAUGAAGCAAGCAAAUGCGUACGCAAGAAAUAUAUAACAAAGCAUAACAUAUAUAUAAACAAAUAUAUAUAAUUGAAAGCAUAAAUUAUAACGGUAAAAAUGCUAUAAUAUAACAAAAAUACUCAAUAUAUAACAAAAUUACAACAACCAAAAUACUUACAACAAAUUUUCCCCACUUCCCAAAUAAACUUAUAUAAUAUAUACAUAACAAAUAUAUAUAUAUAUAAACCAUAUAUAUAUACUCAAACAACAACUGCAGCAAAAAGAAGCAGCAGUAACCGAAAUUAAGACCGACAACCAUAACAAAGCAAACAAGCAAAACCAAAACCAAAACACCCAAGGACAUACAACCAAAACGCUGGCAAAUGGCGCAUAUACUAGCGUAUAAAUAUAUACACAUAUAACAUAUAGCAAAUAAAUAAUUACGUACUUAUAUACAACUAAAAGCAAGUAUAUAUAUAAAUGAAAGGAGUAAAUGAGAAAUUGUUUAAAAAGUCAUUAAAUAAAUUAGUAAAUUACCAAAAAAUAUUAUUUCAACCAAACAAUUAACACUACAUUUACGCAGGAUUAUAUAUACAAAUAGCAGAUAACAGUAAAAAUGCGGAUUAACUAAUAAUUUCAAAUAUAGAAAAGAUCACUUACAAUAAAAACACAAACAAAUAUAUGAAAAACAAUAAUAAAAUUAAACAUAUUUGCGCAUUGCACAGACAUAUUUGCCACAAAUAUGCGUAAAUGCAGCGAAACAAACAGACACAAAGCAAAUAAAUUAAUCACACAAUGAUCUAACGAGGAAAUGUUGAUAAAACUCACACCGUACAAGCCACAAAAAUUCAAAAAAACAUGAACACCGUUAAGUAAGUGAACAAGCAACGCUAUACCGCCAGAUACGCGCCACAAUGCAGAUUACAAAAACAAUGCAACCAAAAAAAAAAUAAAAAUAAAAUUACAUAAUAAAACCAAAAAACACACAGCGCACGCAAUGCAAAAUCCAAACAACAACACUGUCAACGAAUGCUACAUACGCUAUUCCACUAACAACAACAAAAGCAGUGCUGCCUAAAAAAACACAACAAACAAUAAAUAUGCAACAAAAAUGUGGACAACGAGCGCAGCUGACCGAGGGGGGACGCACAUUUAAAAAAGAGUGAACAACACUACGCGAUAUUGUUCGCGAGCGUUAUAAAAGUCAUGCUCAUCAAACGCUCGCGAAGCGAAAACCUAAAGGAAAGAUUGCUGCCGAGCAGCGAAGCAGUAGCGCAUGUCAAAAAAAAUCUAAGUAGGAAUAGCGUAACAGUUUGAAAAUUGCAAAAAUAAAGCAGAGAUGAAGUAACAACUGAAGUAUGAGAGAGAAAGAGAGAGAGAGAUAUAGAAAACCUAAAACGAAAAUGCCUUCAAAAUUUAAAUAAAAUUUAAAAUACAAAAACAAAAAAAAAAACAACAACUAUCAUUUAAUAUAACGAGUACGCAAAUUUUGGCAUACAUAACAACAAAUAUCUAAUACAAUAACAAAUGAGACAUAACAAAUUGUAUAAAGCACAGUAAGCGCAUUGUUAGUAAAGCAUUCUCAAAACAACAAAACAUAAAAAAUCUAUUUCACUCUGCUCUAACAGAGCCUGCAAGCCACAAGCGAAAUCUAUGCAAACGUAACACACUUAAAAAUGUCCAAAGAAACACGCGAACUAUUCGAAAUACUCGUAAAAGUCGUAACUAACCCUAAAAAUUCCAACACUGCAACGUAGUUGGCUCGCUUACUUGCAUAAUACCACCCACACAUGGACAUGUACUUGCAAAUGACAGCGUUGCUGCACAGAAAGCAGCCGACUAUAUACAGUAGAGUUUUGUAGUUAAGCCAAAAUUGUACGAAAUUGCAUUUUUGAAUUGUUCGAAAUUGGUGAUUUGUUAUUGAUAUUGGCAAAAUGUUAUUUAAGAAAAAAAACAACCAAAAACAAUCUAUGAGACACAAAUUUCAGCAAACAACUGGCUAAUCUGUACAAUUUCUUUCUUUUACUAAACUCCCUCAAAAUAAAUAACAUACACACAAUGAGCCCUAACCUCUGAGAUUACACUGAAACGAAGAAACUGCAAAUCCAAAUUGAAAAAUCGUCUCAGUGAUGCUUUUAAAAAUUGCCCAUUGAAAAACCUGUUUUAAUUGCAUUUGAAAACCUAAAAAAAAAAACCUAAAACAAACAAACACAGCCGAAAACAGCAAACAUGACCAAACAAAGCAGGCAGCAACAAUAACUAACUCUAACAGUAAACAGCGCGCAAAUCACAAACAAACAAAGCAAAAGCGCAAGCAAUACAUAAAAAGCACAAUUUCACUUGCGAGUAUUGAGUUUACAGACAGCCCCACUCACAUACACCGUGUGUAUGCGUGCAAAGCUCAAAUGCCAAAAACUAUACAAAGAAACAACUUUUCGGAAUGCGGUUUCAAAAUUUCCAAAAUUGUCAACAAGCCAGAGAAAUAAUAAACAGAAAAUAAAUGAAAAAAUAAUCUACCAAAAAAGUAAUAACAAAAACCCGAAAUUCUUGUAAUUAAAAUUUCACACAAAAUUAGUGAAGAAAUAUAAAAAAUAUAAAAAAAUAUAUAAAAACUGAAAAUGCAGCCUAGCAACAAAGUCUAACGAGAUUAAAUAUAUUUACAAACAUUACAUACAUUAAACUCUGUUCCAAAUUUAUAUUUUAAAUAUAAUUUAGUGCCCUAAUUUGUUAUAUAAACAAAAAAAAUAACUUGAAAUACGUAUAUAUAAUAUUAAUUGAAUUAGAGCAGAAGCAACCACCAAUAAGUUAGACAUACGGAAACUAAUUCAAAUUUAGAUAUACAAACAGACCAAUUGGUUGUAAAUACAAAUGUAGGUAAAAACAGAGCUUAAUAUAAUACAAAAAGUUAUUGGUUUUAAAGCAAGCAAAGGCUCUUUGCAAACUUUUGGCAAUUUCUUAUUUCUGAGCACUAAAUUUUAAUAGACCUUUAAUAGACUAGAAUUUGAUUUAAAUUUUUCGAAUUUCUUUAUUUAAUAUAAUUUAGCUUUUAAUACCACUAAUGAAAGCUUUUAAGUGGUAUGUGAAUUUCUAGCUUUCACCAAUUUUUAUUUCAAUUUCAGAAAGUUUUAAAAGUAAUAGAUAAAAUUAAAAUACAUUUUGAAAAUACAAAACCUUCUGAAGCCGUAAAGCUUACGAGUUUAAAAGUGUUUUUUAAAACUACUUUAGUAGAUUUUGCUUAAAAAUUUUUCAAAAAAUUUGUAAUUAAUAUAAUUCAGCUUUUAAUUUUACUAAUGAAAGCUUAUAAGUGGUAUGUAAACUUCUGAGUAGCUCUCAUUAAUUUUUAUUCCAAUUUCAGAAAGUUUUAAGGGAAAAAUUAUGAUAGUUCACAUUUUCCAGAAAAUGAAGCUUCUGAAGCUUAAAAGCUUACAAGUUUACAUUUUUUUAAUAAAAUAGCUUUCAUUAAUUUUUAUUUCAGUUUCAGAUAGUUUUAAAAGCAAUAGGUGUUAUUACUACACAUUUUGAAGACACUGUAACUUUUAGAGCUUAAAAGUUUACAAGUUUUAAAGUGAUUUAAAAGAAAAAUCAUAAAUAGGUUCAGAAAUUCCAUAGGCGCUUUUGGUAGAUACAACUUUAUCCAAAACUAGAAAGUAAUUUGUUCGAAAAAACCAAAAAGCGCUCUGAUUUUAUUUUUAAUAAUUUUACAAGUAAGGAUGAAAUCUGUGUGAUGAAAGCUUUCAUACUAGGCUAACGAAUAAAAGUUUUUCAUGAGCUUUUACCACAUAAAAGCUUCGCUUUUAAACGAAACGGCGGUUAAAACGUUGUAGUGAAAGCUUCUUCACUAAGCUCACGAAUAAAAGCUUUUAAUGAGCUUACACUACGUGAAAGCAUUGGUUUAAACUCUUUAUCUGUGUGAUGAAAGCUUUCAUACUAAGGUCCUGAAUAAUAGCUCAUAAAGAGAGCUUUCACCAUAUAAAAGCUUCUCUUCUAAACUGCGUUUGCUGAUCAUUUUCAGCUUGUCUAUAAUUCAUAUAUUCACUUUUCUGUUUGAAAACACUCGCGUUUCAAUUUUUAACAUAAAUUUGAAAUACUAAAACCAGAAAAGAAAAACAUUUUCUACAGUUCUGUAUGAGCUUUCACCUUAUAGAAAUUUGUUUUAUACAUUUUAUCUUCAUAAUGUAUUUAAUCACUAAUAUUUGUGAAACACUAUUGCUUAUUAUUACGGAGAAGAGCCAAAUUGCAUUGCUAAAACCACAAAAUAAAAUAUAUUGUCUACAGUUCCAAGAAAUAAACAAACAAAAAUAAUUUGACAUAUUAUUUAAAUUGAUUACAAAUAUAAAAAUAUGUAAACGAUGGUACUUAGAAAUAUGAAAACGAGGGUUUGGUCAAAUAUUCGGUAGAUGGCUAGAAGGCUUGGCAAAUGGCAUUGAAAAUGGCACUUCAAUAAACAACGACAUUAGCAUAAGUUCUUAGCAUUAUAUUAAAUAUUAAAUAAAUAUAUACACUUGCAUAUAUACAUACUUAUAUAUAUACAUAAAAUUAAGCUGAUAAAUAUAUAUAUACACAUAUAUAUAUAUAAAUUGUAUAUUAAAAUACCUAUAUUAUAUUAUAGAAAUGAAGAUUAUUCUUUACAAUAAAUAGCCGUUAAACAAUGGACUAGUUUGAACCUCCCUAUAUACGCGUAAAACCAAUAGUAAAGGGAGAAAAAAUUAAAACCAACUUCGAAAAUAGUUAUUGCUACUAAUUGCGUAAAAUUAAAAUUUCAAAAAAAAAAUAAGUAACGAGUUUGCUGCUGAGCCAGUAGCGCGCUUAAACACAGAAAUGAAUUUAGUGAGUGAACUACUCUGAUCCUUAUACAUACACACACACACAUACACUGCAUAGCAUAAAAAAUUAAACACAUAGGGUGCGUCGAAAAUUUCCAGUGCUAUUUCAAACAAACUAACAGUAAUUGUUGCUAUAUACUGUACGUAGAAGCGCUCUCUCAAGGCUGACUCCGCUUUCUUUAGAGUCGGUGGCAAAGCGCACUUCUGCUUAAAUCCGAAAGGACAAUUCUGGAAAACUGCAGUUUAUAAAUAACCGCAGCCAGAAAUUGCAAAAUAUUGCUUUAAUAUUUUUUUUAAAUUAUUUCAAGAAAGUUUCGGGUUUGGAAAGGGUAUCAAGAGCCGUCUGAAAAUAUGCUAAAGUGUGGAAAAGAAAUCUUUCAGCCUUAUAACUUCUUAAUUUACAUACAUAUGUAAUAUUGUUUUAGUUCAAAUCUCAUAAUCCACAAUGAAAUUUUGUAACCUCAAAUGAUCGCUGUUAGACCAAAUUAGCGACUAAAUUUAUUGCAGCAUGAAAACGAUUUCAUUUGAAUAUAAGGACUUUUAGCUUGCGCUUGUUAAAUGAUAUAUCUAUUUAGCUUAUAAGAAAUAUUGGAAUAUAUUGUACAUGCUAUAAUUUCAAAAAAAUAUAUAUCUAACUCGUGCUUUAAAUUUUGUUCGUACCUCAGUACGUUUUAAAGUUGAUAACACAAUUUUACAUAUGUAUAUCACUCAGUUUACUCCGGCAUUGCAUAUGUUGCAUACAUAUAGGCGCUGACUGUCACUUUCGUGAAAAUUUUCCAAUAGCCAUAUUCACUACGUAACUUCUUCCAUGGCGAGUUUAGUCUCUACAACAUAGAUUGUCGAUUCGAGAAAUUAUUUUGAAAUCAAAAUACCAACACAAUUUUUCCUAACAAAGCAAACAUAUUUUUAGGCGACAAUUACUGAUAAACUGCAGUUAACUUUUGAGUUAUCACUAAAGGCUCUUUUUAAAAACUUCUGCAAAUACUAUCGCACCCCAAACUCGAACAAAUUACUAUAGAAAUAACUGAAAGUAGAGUGUUUCGCUUAAAAACUAAAACUCCAAUUAAAUAUUAUUGGAAAACCCUGCCGUUGAAAAAUUAAUAAAAAUAAUGAAUUUUCUCCCGAACAUAUAGCGUUACUCAAAAGGCUUACCAAAGCUAUUAAGCUCUUAACUUUUCAAAAAUAGCGUUUAUCAACUGUCGACAUUUAAACGAAACUGUUCUUAAAACAGCAAAGCAAAAAUACUUAUGGCAUAAAUACAUAUAUAAAAUUAACGUAAGUGAAACAUACAUAUACAUAUAUCACUAGUAAACCAACAACAACAGCAGCCACAAGUAAAAGUGUUAUGCAAAACAAAGAUCGACUGAAUUAUUGUUAAAAAGUUUUGUGAAUUAUAUAUUAUUGAUAUAAUCAAGCAUUAAAAUAAAAGCAAAAAUAAAGCAAAGCAGAACCAAAAAAAUACAAAAAAUUUAUAAAAAAGAAAGUACACUUAAAGUAAAUAUUAAAUGAAUUAAUAUAAUUACAUAUAUACAUAUACAUUUUUAAUAUUAAUUUGAUUGAGAAAAGUAAAAUAAAAUUGCAAAGACAACAGAUAAGUUAAUAAAAUUUAGCAAAAAGUUGAGAGUUAAGUAAAAAAUUAAGAAAUUUACAUGCAACACAACAAAAAUAACAGACAUACACCUACAAAUACAAGGCAGCUAGCAGAGGACCAAGUGAACCAAAUUAAAAUUUAACUUUAAUAGUCUCCAGCUGAAAUGAGAUGUUGAGAAAAAAAUACAAAAAAAUAAAAGCAAAACAACUUCUGUAAAUAAAUUCCAGUAUUUAAAGCAAAUUUAAAACUUUUGUAAAAAAAUUUCACACCUACAACAGCAAACGCUAUAUUUCGUUAACUUCAACAACAACAAUGGCUGCAACACACACAAAACACACGCAUAGCAACAAAUAUAUACAAAUAUACAAGAACAAAAUGCUGUAGAACACAAAACAAAAUAAGAAAAAAAUCAAAAAUACAAAAUUAAUUAAAAAAACAUAAGAUACAUAUACAAAAAAUAUAAAAUUACAAAACUAUAUAACCACACACAAAGCAACACAUAGAUAAAACAAAAAAUCUACAAAAAAGUUCUAAAAAAAUUCAUUAUUUUUGAUGUUUUUCAAAGAGUUGCGUUCAUUUCAUGUUUAGAAAUAUCGAAUAUAAAACGAAAUCUGAUAGAAAAAAAAAACAAAAACAAAUAAAAUUCAAAUUUGUAUUUAAACAGUAAAAAUGCAAAGCUAAGCAUAUUAAGUGGCAAGCAAAAUCGGAAAGUGCAUAAGGCAAAAAAAAAUAAAAAUUAAUAAAAAUAAUAAUGACAGAAAGAAGAAUAUUUUGAAUUAUCAUUACUGUAGUUAAGUACACACUUUUGUGCAUGUAUUUGCAUAUUUGCGUAUUUGUAUUUAUUGUUGAAUUAUAAAACAAAAAAAUUAUAAUGAAUAAUAGUAUAUGAAAAAGAACUUGAAAAAUCUAAAAUGAGCAAAUAAAAGCAAAUAUUUAAUAAUACCAAAAAAACUAAAUACAAUUUGAGGAGAAAAGAAAACAGUAAACAAAUUAAUACAAAUGUUUUAAAUGAAUUACAACAAUAAUAAAUUCGCAUAAAAACCAUUUA